UUCCUCGGGGGAAGGGCUCUGGAGGGUAGUGUCUGGGCUAUUUUGGACGAAUGCUUACUGAAAUUUUUCCAAUUUUUGAAGGUUUAACUCCUCGGAUGUGAAAAAAUUAUGGGCCCGACGUCGAUGCGUAGGCCGGACCUUAGAAAUUGAAGUUGAAAGCGAAUCUUCUUACUUUUUUUAUGGUUGUCUAGGUACCGACACACGACCAAGGUAGCUGUGGCACAAGUGAAUUUAAAUGCUUCACAGAUGAAUUUCAGCCCAAGGAGAGGAAGUUGAUAAUAAGAUAGUUUAUUCAGCAGGAGUAAAGUGUCAGGAGCUAUGAGUGAACCAGGAGACCAAGUAGCAGUGGGUGGGCGGAGCAUGUUGGACAACAUGGUUGGAGUUGGUGACAUGGUGCUUCUUGAGUCCUUGACCGAAGAUUCAGUGAUAGAGAACCUUUGGGACAGAUACAAUAACAAAGAUAUCUAUACUUACAUUGGAGAUGUGGUGGUGUCAAUCAAUCCUUAUCGUAAAUUCAACUUGUACACUCCUGAGAGGAUAGCAGAGUACAGAUCUAGAAACAUUUAUGAGUUACCUCCUCACAUCUAUGCCAUAGCUGAUGAUGCCUACAGAUCCAUGAGAGAUUACAACCAGGAUCAGUGUAUUAUAAUCUCUGGUGAAAGUGGAGCUGGAAAAACAGAGGCAUCCAAGGUUGUUAUGCAGUAUGUGGCAGCGGUGUCUGGCAAAGGCUGGGAAGUGGACAGAGUAAAAGAACAGUUGUUGCAGUCUAAUCCUGUCUUGGAAGCAUUUGGCAAUGCAAAGACUCUUAGGAAUGACAACUCAUCUCGUUUUGGAAAAUAUAUGGAUCUUGAAUUUGACUUCAAAGGUGAUCCAGUUGGAGGAGUCAUCACAAAGUAUUUGCUGGAAAAGUCCCGCGUGGUACAUCAAGCCCAAGGGGAGAGGAAUUUCCAUAUUUUUUACCAUCUACUCUCUGGUGCCUCUGAUGAACUUCUUGGGAAACUUUGCCUUGUGAAUGACUGUAAUGAUUACACUUACCUCAAUCACAGUGGAUGUGUGAAGGUCAAUACAAUAGAUGACAAGAAGGACUUUGUAGUAGUUGAGAGGGCAAUGGAAAUUGUUGGGUUCACUCAAGAAGAGAAGUUGUCCAUUUACACUCUUCUGUCUGCCAUUUUGAACCUUGGAAAUGUUGCAUUUGAUGAGGCUGUUGAUAAAGUUGAUGGACAUGAUACUGUGGCCCCUACAAAUGAGAAGUACCUAGACUGGGCAUGUGAGAUGCUUCAGUGUGGAACUCAACUGUUGAAAGAUGGUUUGUCUAAGAGAACUGUGCAGGCUGGUAACGAGAGGGUUUCAACUCAUCUUACCUCUGUGCAAGCUUACUAUGCCAAGGAUGCUCUCUCCAAAGCUAUCUAUCGGAGGAUGUUCUCUUGGAUGAUUCAACGGAUCAAUGAGAGCAUAAAGGUUAAAAAGAAGGGUAAAAGGAAGGUGAUUGGUGUAUUGGAUAUUUAUGGCUUUGAAAUAUUUAAGAAUAACGGUUUUGAACAGUUUAUCAUCAAUUACUGCAAUGAGAAGCUGCAACAGAUCUUUAUUGAGCUGACUCUUAAGUCUGAACAAGAGGAAUAUAUCAGAGAGGGUAUUGAGUGGGAAUCAAUAGAGUACUUCAACAAUGCAAUCAUCUGCGAUUUGAUUGAAAAGACCCAUGUGGGAAUCAUACCACUUCUUGACGAGGAGUGUUUAAGACCAGGAGAGGUCAGCGGUACGACGCUCAUUGCUAAGCUCAACACGCAUUGUUGCAAGCAUCCGCACUACGAGAGCAGAGGAAGCAAGAAGUUCCUAUCUGAUAUGACUUUGCCACACGACUGUUUCAGACUCAGACACUACGCUGGGAGCGUAACUUAUAGUGUAAGUGGUUUUCUGGACAAAAAUAAUGAUCUGUUAUAUAGAGAUCUCUCCCAGUGCCUUUAUGCUUGUGGUCAUCCGUUGGCCAAAACGCUUUUUCCGGACGGUUGUCCAACCAAGGCAACUAAAAAAAGACCACCGACCACAGGAACUCAGUUCAAGGUUUCAGUCUCUGAGUUGAUGACAAAUCUUAAAAGCAAGAAUCCUCAUUAUAUCAGAUGUAUCAAGCCAAACGACAGAAAAGUUGCAGGGCUGUUCGAUGACAAACUAGUCAGACACCAGAUACGAUAUCUUGGGUUGAUGGAGAACAUUCGCGUUCGAAGAGCAGGAUUUGCAUUUAGACAAGAAUAUGACAUUGCACUUGAGAGGUACAAGAUGCUUUGUAAAAAAACCUGGCCCAACUGGGUGGGCAUGCCGAAAGAAGGCCUUAAAGAACUACUUAAGAGUUUGAAUAUCAAACCAACAGCGUAUGCUUAUGGAAGAACAAAGAUCUUUUUUAGAAAUCCCCGAACGUUAUUUGAUCUGGAGGAGAAGCGUCUUCAAGGAAUGCAUUUUCUAGCUGUCAUCAUUCAGAAGGUUUUCAGAGGCUGGAGACAGAGAACCAAAUAUCUCAAGAUGAGAGAGAGUGAAAUUAUCAUCGCUAAGUAUUAUCGUGGCUUCAGGGAUCAUCGGACUUAUCUCAGAAAGAGAAGCGCUGCUAUUACCGUCGCUCGUUUUGUUCGCGGCUGGAAGGCGCGGAAGCUCUACAAAGCCAUGUUGUACGAGAAGAAAUGUAUCUGGGCUUCUGGUAUAAUUCGUACUUACUUCUACGGAUGGCAGGCCCGCAAACUUUACAGAUCCAUGGUUCUUGAAAAGAAGCGCAAACAGGCGGCGACAAUAAUCGCAGCCUAUUUUACAGGCUGGAAGGCCCGCAAACUUUACAGAUGCAUGGUCAUUGAAAAGAUACGCAAACAGGCGGCGACUAUAAUCGCAGCCUAUUUUAUAGGCUGGAAGGUUCGUCGUGAGUAUCAUCCCAAGUUCAGAAAGAAUGCAGCUCCAAAGAUCAUGAAGUUUCUUCGCCUGUACUUUCGUUACAGAUAUUUGAGCACGCUAAAGAACAACCUACCGUCUUUGUCACCUGUGGAUACGCAUUGGCCUUCAUCUUCACCAAUGUUUAGGAAGACAAACAAUCUUCUUAAAGGCUUGUACCACUCUUGGAGAUGUAAGAAAUUCAGAGACAGAUGUCCUCCCGAAAAGAGAGCGAUUCUAAAAGAAAAACUCCAAGCCAGCGAGGUGUUCAAAGACAAAAAAUCUUCGUAUCCUUCCACGGUAGCAGUUCCUUUCCAAAGCGAUCGUGUCAACCUUAAUGCCAAUCCAAAGUGGAAAAAGAACACUGGUAACAACAACCAACGAAUCGUGUGGGCGGAUUCUGUGUUAAAGAUCAAUAGAAAAAACGGCAAGGCAGUGCCUCACAUUUUGACCAUUUCGGACACUGAGAUGCUGGUGUUAGACCCCAAGUCUCUCCUCACGAAAUACAACAUUGAUUUGGGAGACAUUCAGAGAAUCUCCGUCAGUCCGCUGAAAGACGGAGUAAUCGUGUUCCACAUUCGCACGGACAAACAAGAUAAGAACCAUCAGAAAGGUGACUUCAUGUUCCACACGGAGCAUGUGGUCGAGUUAGUUGCCAAGCUGUUGGUGCAAGCAGAAUCCCAACAAGACAUGUCUGCCGCCGUUCAUGUUUCAGAAAGGAUCGCUGUGAAUUUUUCUGAAACUCCGGUCGAGCUGCACUUCAAACGCGCAGACAAAGAUCUUCCUCAACCGCUAUUGUGUAAAAGAAAAGGAGCUGUUAUAGAUGUCUUAGUUUGAUUAUUUUCUUAACAAAUCGUACAGUAUUAGUUUGGUUUUUGCCAUAUCCACCUUACAGCAAAGCAAAGCGUUCAUGGUGUCGAGGUUUUUACAUCCUUUAAAAAAAAGUAAAUUAUUUAAAAAUAACAACGAUUACAAGUUAUCUUCGUGCAUUUGUUUCGAAGGUUUAACUUUAUUAAUAUUUAAUUUAAUCGGCAGAAUAUGAAAAAUUACAAAUCUUUCAUGACUGGUUGGGCCUUUUCUCUCAUCUCAUUCUUUCCCUAAGGGUUUUGGAUGUCAGCAUUCCCUCGAGCACCGAUACAUCUUUGGCGGAUUCUUCGAACAAUAAGCUAUUUAACUCGUAAAUUUUCUGCCGUUGAACUUGAUUGUUUCAUUCUUUUCGCUCCUGCUGCUUUAUCAAGGCAAGAUGUAACAUAAAGAGUGUUUUUAAAACUUAUUUUACAAUAAAAUUAUUUACUUGUCAGCUUA